GGCGGCCGCCGCGGCGGUCGGUUAGACCGAGUCGCGACGCAGAAGGCCACAGAAGCCUUCGUUGUUCAUCAAAAUGGCCACGUCCGACUCGAAGGCCCCUUUGAGGCUCGUUAAAAGGGUGCAAUUCGGUAUUCUUUCACCGGAUGAAAUACGUCGUAUGUCACUUACUGAUGGAGGGAUACGAUUUCCAGAAACAAUGGAAGGAGGCCGACCAAAGGUGGGAGGUCUCAUGGAUCCCAGACAAGGAGUCGGUGAUAGGAAUUCACGUUGUCAAACAUGUGCAGGCAACAUGGUAGAGUGUGCUGGACAUUUUGGACACAUUGAUUUAGCAAAGCCAGUAUAUCACGUGGGAUUCUUCACUAAAACGAUUAAAAUUUUGCGAUGUGUUUGCUUUUACUGUUCCAAAUUACUUGUCAGUCCACAUAAUCCAAAAUUAAAAGAAAUCGUUAUAAAAACAAAAGGUCAACCUCGUAAAAGAUUGACAUUUGUUUAUGAUUUAUGUAAAAGUAAAAAAAUAUGUGAAGGUGGAGAUGAAAUGGAUAUCAAUAAAGAUGGAACAGAAAUACCUGCUGCAGAUCGAAAACCAGGACAUGGAGGAUGUGGAAGGUAUCAACCAAGUCUUCGAAAAUCUGGUUUAGAAAUCAGGGCAGAAUGGAAGCAUAUUAAUGAAGAUUCUCAAGAUAAGAAAAUGGUUUUGACAGCAGAACGUGCCUGGGAAAUUCUCAAACAUAUUACAGAUGAGGAAUCAUUCAUCUUAGGAAUGGAUCCAAAAUUUGCUAGACCUGAUUGGAUGAUUAUUACUGUUUUACCAGUACCGCCAUUAUCAGUAAGACCAGCAGUUAUAAUGUAUGGGUCUGCAAAAAAUCAAGAUGAUUUAACUCAUAAAUUAUCAGACAUCAUUAAAGUAAAUAAUGAACUACUCAGGAACGAGCAAAACGGUGCUGCUACACAUGUGAUAUCUGAAAAUAUCAAGAUAUUACAGUAUCAUGUAGCUACUCUAGUCGACAAUGAUAUCCCUGGAGUUCCUAAAGCAAUGCAGAAAUCUGGAAAACCAUUAAAAGCAAUCAAAGCCAGAUUGAAAGGAAAAGAAGGAAGAAUUCGAGGUAAUCUCAUGGGUAAACGUGUUGACUUUUCAGCUCGAACUGUUAUUACUCCAGAUCCAAAUCUUCGAAUAGACCAAGUUGGAGUGCCUAGAAGUAUUGCUCAAAACUUAACAUUCCCAGAAAUUGUUACUCCUUUCAAUAUUGAUAAAAUGCAGGAGCUUGUAAGAAGAGGAAAUUCACAGUAUCCUGGUGCAAAAUAUAUUGUAAGAGACAAUGGAGAACGUAUUGAUUUAAGAUUUCAUCCUAAACCAUCAGAUUUACAUUUGCAAUGUGGAUACAGGGUAGAAAGACAUAUUAGGGAUGGAGAUCUUGUUAUUUUCAAUCGACAACCUACAUUACACAAAAUGAGUAUGAUGGGCCACAGAGUAAAAGUUUUACCUUGGAGUACGUUUCGUAUGAAUUUAAGUUGUACGUCACCAUACAAUGCUGAUUUUGAUGGAGAUGAAAUGAAUCUUCAUGUUCCUCAAUCGAUGGAAACUCGAGCUGAAGUUGAAAAUAUUCAUGUAACUCCUCGACAAAUUAUUACUCCUCAGGCGAACAAACCUGUUAUGGGUAUUGUACAGGAUACUCUAACAGCAGUAAGGAAGAUGACGAAACGAGAUGUUUUUAUAGAAAAAGAACAAAUGAUGAAUAUUCUUAUGUUCUUACCAAGUUGGGAUGGAAAAAUGCCUCAACCGUGUAUUUUAAAACCAAAACCUCUUUGGACUGGUAAACAAAUCUUUUCUCUAAUCAUUCCAGGCAAUGUAAAUAUGAUUAGAACUCAUUCUACUCAUCCUGACGAUGAAGAUGAUGGGCCUUAUAAAUGGAUUUCACCAGGAGAUACAAAAGUAAUGGUCGAACAUGGAGAGUUAGUAAUGGGAAUCUUAUGUAAAAAGACUUUAGGAACUUCAGCUGGAUCAUUGUUACAUAUCUGUAUGUUAGAAUUAGGCCAUGAAGUGUGUGGAAAAUUCUAUGGAAAUAUUCAGACUGUGAUUAAUAAUUGGUUGUUAUUAGAAGGUCACUCCAUUGGUAUUGGAGAUACUAUUGCUGAUCCUGCAACUUAUCUAGAAAUCCAAAAAGCGAUCAAAAAAGCCAAAGAAGAUGUCAUAGAAGUAAUUCAGAAAGCACACAACAUGGAGUUGGAACCAACUCCUGGUAAUACAUUGAGGCAAACUUUUGAAAAUCAAGUCAACAGAAUUCUCAAUGAUGCUCGUGACAAAACUGGAGGAUCUGCUAAGAAAUCUUUGACUGAAUACAAUAAUCUCAAAGCUAUGGUGGUUUCUGGAUCUAAAGGAUCAAAUAUUAACAUAUCUCAAGUUAUUGCUUGUGUAGGACAGCAAAACGUUGAAGGUAAACGUAUUCCUUUCGGCUUCCGAAAACGAACAUUACCACAUUUCAUCAAAGACGAUUAUGGUCCGGAGUCUAGAGGAUUUGUAGAAAAUUCAUAUCUUGCUGGUCUGACUCCCUCUGAAUUUUAUUUUCACGCUAUGGGAGGUCGUGAAGGUCUUAUUGAUACUGCUGUAAAGACAGCUGAAACUGGAUAUAUCCAACGUCGGUUAAUAAAGGCUAUGGAGUCUGUAAUGGUUCACUAUGAUGGAACUGUCAGAAAUUCAGUUGGUCAAUUGAUUCAGUUACGUUAUGGAGAAGAUGGUUUAUGUGGAGAAACAGUAGAAUUCCAGAAUCUUCCAACAAUUAAAUUAAGUCAUAAAGCAUUCGAAAAGAAAUUUAAAUUCGAUCCAACUAAUGAAAGAUACCUACGACGUAUUUUCACGGAAGAAAUUGUUAGAGAAAUGAUGGGCUCUGGUGAAGUUAUUUCAGAGCUUGAGCGAGAAUGGGAACAAUUAAAUAGAGAUCGUCAUGUUCUCAGAGAAAUUUUCCCCAGCGGAGAAUCUAAAGUAGUACUUCCUUGCAAUUUACAAAGAAUGAUCUGGAAUGUCCAAAAGAUUUUCCACAUCAACAAGAGAGCUCCAACAGAUUUAAGUCCGAUGAGAGUAAUUCAAGGAGUAAAAGAUUUGUUAGAUAAAUGUAUAAUUGUAGCUGGAGAAGAUAGAUUGAGUAAACAAGCUAAUGAAAAUGCUACUUUAUUAUUCCGUUGUCUGGUUCGAUCAACUUUAUGUACAAAGUGUGUAUCAGAAGAAUUCAGAUUAUCUACCGAGGCUUUUGAAUGGUUAAUUGGAGAAAUUGAAACAAGAUUCCAACAAGCACAAGUAUCUCCAGGUGAAAUGGUAGGAGCAUUGGCUGCUCAGUCUCUUGGAGAACCCGCUACUCAGAUGACAUUGAAUACUUUCCAUUUUGCUGGAGUAUCAUCAAAGAACGUAACUCUUGGUGUACCAAGAUUGAAAGAAAUUAUUAACAUCAGUAAAAAACCAAAAGCUCCUUCACUAACUGUCUUCUUAACAGGAGCAGCUGCUAGAGAUGCUGAAAAAGCUAAAAAUGUUCUCUGUCGAUUAGAACAUACUACUUUGAGGAAAGUUACUGCUAAUACUGCUAUUUAUUAUGAUCCAGAUCCUCAGAAUACUGUGAUUGCUGAAGAUCAAGAAUUCGUUAAUGUUUACUACGAAAUGCCGGACUUUGAUCCAACUAAAAUAUCUCCUUGGUUACUCCGUAUUGAAUUAGAUCGUAAAAGGAUGACUGAUAAAAAGUUGACUAUGGAACAAAUUGCAGAGAAGAUCAAUGCUGGCUUUGGUGAUGAUUUGAACUGUAUUUUCAAUGAUGAUAACGCAGAAAAACUGGUUUUACGUAUCAGAAUUAUGAAUAGUGAUGACAACAAAUACACAGAUGUCGAGCAGGAUUCUGUUGAUAAAAUGGAAGACGAUAUGUUCCUUCGUUGUAUUGAAGCAAAUAUGCUUAGUGACAUGACUUUGCAAGGUAUUGAAGCGAUAGGAAAAGUUUACAUGCAUUUACCACAAACUGACGCGAAGAAGCGAAUCAUUGUCACGGAGACUGGCGAAUUUAAGGCCAUUGCCGAAUGGUUGCUUGAAACUGAUGGUACAAGUUUAAUGAAGGUUUUGAGUGAACGAGACGUUGAUCCUAUAAGAACAUUCAGUAACGAUAUUUGUGAAAUUUUCCAAGUACUUGGAAUAGAAGCUGUACGUAAAUCAGUAGAAAAAGAAAUGAAUGCUGUGUUACAAUUCUACGGUCUUUAUGUAAAUUAUCGUCACUUAGCUUUACUUUGUGAUGUGAUGACAGCUAAAGGUCAUUUAAUGGCUAUCACGCGUCAUGGUAUCAAUAGACAAGACACUGGAGCACUUAUGAGGUGUUCAUUCGAAGAAACUGUUGACGUGUUACUUGAUGCUGCUUCACAUGCUGAAGUAGAUCCAAUGAGAGGAGUAUCUGAGAAUAUUAUCAUGGGUCAAUUACCAAGAAUUGGAACAGGAUGUUUCGAUUUGCUGCUCGACGCAGAAAAGUGUAAAGCAGGAAUUGAAAUACCGAUGGCUGUUGGUGUAGGAGUUAUGGCAGGAGCUGGAAUGUUCUUUGGAAGUGCUGGAUCACCCAGUAUGAGUCCUCAGAUGACUCCUUGGAUGGGGUCAACACCAGGUUAUGGAGUUUCUAGCAUGUCUCCAACUAUGGGAAGUGGUAUGACUCCUGGAGGUGCCUGUUUCUCACCAUCAGGAGCUUCAGAUGCUUCAGGACUAUCUCCUGCAUACUCAGCUUACUCUCCACAACCAGGAAGCCCAGGAAGUCCGGGACCAAGUAUGAGCCCUUAUCCAAUGUCUCCAGUUGGUGGAGCUUCACCAAGUUAUUCGCCUACAUCACCUGCAUAUUUACCAACAUCGCCGAGUAUGACGCCAUCGAGUCCCAAUUAUUCUCCGACAAGUCCCACUUAUUCUCCUACUAGUCCUAAUUACUCCCCUACAAGCCCAAGCUAUUCUCCAACCAGUCCUGGAUAUUCUCCAGCCAGUCCGAGUUAUUCACCAACGAGUCCGAGUUAUUCUCCUACUAGCCCGAACUACUCCCCUACGAGUCCUAGCUAUUCUCCAACAAGUCCAAGUUAUUCACCAACAAGUCCGAGCUAUUCACCAACGAGUCCUAGUUACUCUCCUACAAGUCACAGUUAUUCACCUACGAGUCCUAGCUACUCUCCAACGAGCCCUGGAUAUUCUCCAACCAGUCCAAGUUAUUCUCCAACCAGUCCAGGGUAUUCUCCAGCUGGUCCCAGUUACUCUCCAACGAGUCCAAGUUAUUCACCAAGCUCUCCUAAUUACACACCUCAGUCUCGAUCUUAUUCACCAACAAGUCCUAGCUAUUCACCAAGUUCACCACAAUAUUCUCCAGCAAGUCCGAGUUAUUCUCCAAGCAGUCCCAAAUAUUCACCCACAAGCCCAAGUUACUCUCCUACAUCACCAUCAUUUGCUGGAACUUCUCCUCAAUAUACUCCUACGAGUCCUACAUACUCACCUACAAGCCCUACUUACUCUCCAACAAGUCCAAGUUAUUCUCCAAGUUCUCCUCAGCAUACAGCUGGUGGAAGUACCAGAUAUUCACCUAGUAGUCCUAAUUAUUCACCUACCAGUCCUACUUAUUCACCAUCAAGUCCACAAUACUCGCCUUCAAGCACAAAGUAUUCACCAACAAGUCCAACUUAUACACCAACAAGCCCAAGCUACUCUCCAACAAGCCCAACAUAUUCACCGCCUGUGCCCGGUUAUUCACCAACAAGUCCGACAUAUUCUCCAGCAUCACCUGCAUAUGAAACAGAUGAUUAAAAAGAAAACCAUCGAUUCUAUUACAAAAAAAACAUAUUUCGUGAUUAUUUUACACUUAUAAUUCUUCUUAUUCAAUUUAAUUAUUAUUUCUCGUCAGAUACCUGUUUGUUUUAUUUUUGUUUAAUAUUCUACAUCUACAACUCGAUUGUUGAAAAAUCGAGUUUCAAAAUAGCAUUAUUGUCGUAUAUCGACUACAUAAAUUACGAUAUAAUGAAUGAACUAUAUUUGUGAUUAAUCUUGUGACAUCAGUAAAGUUUAAUAAUUAUCUUUACAAGUUUGGAAUAAUGGCUUAGAUGUAAUA